AUGGGUUUAUUUAAUGGUGGUAAAAAUGAUAAACCAGCUAAAGUUGAUAAAUAUGAAAGACAAUAUCAACAAUAUUAUCAUCAACAAAAACAAAAACAGCAGCGACCUCGUUCACAAUCUCGGUAUCGAAAUCAACUGGCUCCCAUCGGAGGCGGAUUCAAUAUGCCUGUUGGUUUUGGGCUACAACCGGCUGUACAAGGAACACCUCAGUUAUCGGCGCCAUUAGCAUUUCAAAUGACACCUCAAAUGUAUGCAGGAUUAUCGCCGUAUCAAAAUCUAGGAAAAUGGACCCCUGGUGUUACUGCAACUGGACCGGUUCCAUCUGUAUUGCCUAUAUACGGUGGUGGGAAUAUGAUGUUUGAUGGAUUCUCUGGUGCUAAUAAAUAUACAAAUCCAUUUGUUCAAGGAUUUUCACCAAUGUUUCCUCAAUUUGCGCAAAUGGGAAGCGGCUUUCCACCACCAUCGUUUUCCGUACCAUUUAACGGCGGUUACGGCAAUCUGAAUCGAAGUGGUAUAAAUCAGUACGGAUCAGGCUUCGCAGGAGGACAAGAUGGUCUGUGGAACAAUGGUUACGGAUCUCAGUUCGGUUAUAUGCCACAAUUUUAA